UUCAGUCAGUGGUUGUGCGCGCAGUCCAGUUGUAGAACAGAAAUCGGAGGAGUAGGUGGUAGGAUCAAAGGAAUAACUUUGGACAUAACAGGACAUAUUACAGAAAAUGGAUUUUCUCAUUGGUAGCCCGUUUUCUUCUCCUGUCGGACAGCGAAUUCAGCGAGCCACCGGCUCCAAUCUGCAGGCGGAGGACUGGGGCCUCAACAUGGAGAUCUGUGACAUCAUCAACGAGACAGAGGAUGGACCCAAAGAUGCCAUGAAGGCCAUCAAGAAGAAAAUUGUGGGGAACAAGAACUUCCGAGAGGUUAUGCUAGCACUAACGGUGCUGGAGACGUGCGUGAAGAACUGUGGUCACCGGUUCCAUGUCCAGGUGUGCACCAGGGACUUUGUGGAGGGAGUGCUGGUCCGAGCCAUCCUCCCCAAAAACAACCCACCUGCCGUGUUACAUGACAGGGUGCUGAGCCUCAUCCAGGCCUGGGCUGAUGCUUUCCGGAACUCUCCGUCCCUGUCCGGGGUGGUGUGCGUGUAUGACGACCUGCGGCGGAGGGGGCUGGAGUUCCCCAUGACUGACCUGGACGCUCUGUCGCCCAUCCAUACUCCACAAAGGAGCACUCCAGAGAAUGAAACGUCCACUCCGUCCACGGUCCCGACAGUCCCAGCGCCGACGCAGGCCCCCACCCCUUCUCCAGCUCCCCCCCAGAACUCCCAGCCGCCUUCACCGACAGACGGACCCGUCUCCUUAUCCUCAGAGCAGAGGCAGAAGCUGCAGUCGGAGCUGGACCUGGUGAAGGGCAACCUGCGGGUGAUGACGGAGAUGCUCAACCAGAGCAACAGCAGCGAGAGCACGGCCUCAGACAGAGAGCUGCUGCAGCAGUUGAACAGUGUGUGUAAAAGCAUGCAGCAACGAGUGGUUGAGCUCAUCCCUCGGCUGUUGGACGAAGCCCUGAUUGGUGAGCUGCUGGUUGUCAAUGAUGACCUCAACAACGCCUUCAUCCGCUACGAUAGGUUUGAGAGGUGCAGUGCACCAAAAACGACCACAGUGACCCCUGAAGCAGGAAGCCACAACCUCAUCGACCUCAGCCCUGUGUCCCCGCCCUCUUAUCAGUCAGUGGCCAGCCCACCUGUCAGUCAGCUGGCCGUCAAGGCUCCCUCCAAUCAGACGUCUCAUCCUAGCGCAGCGGAGGAAGAAGAGUUUGACAUGUUUGCUAACACCAGGGGUAGCUCUCUGGCAGAGCAGAGGAAGAGUGUGCGCUACGAGGACCCCAGGGCUGUGGAGGGAUUGGCUGAAGCUCUGGACACUCGGCUUCAGGUCACAGGCGCGGAUGAUGACGUGUGGGCUCAGGCAGCCGCUGAGUGUGGCUGGAUGCACAGUGAAGGAUUGAUGCCUGCUCCUCGAACAGCUGCGAUGAGUGACAUCGAGAAUUGGCUCUCUCCAGAACCGCCUGUGAGAGGUGAUACGGAGGGUGUUACCAGUGAUGAGUUUGACAAGUUCUUGCAGGAGAGGGCAAAGGUGGCCGACCACCUGCCACGCGACCCGAAGACCUCCAACGCUUCCUCACGCCCGCCGCCCCAGGCAGCCAGCAAACAGGAGAGGUCACAUGACCACCUCUUCACACUGUGAGCACAGCACAGUGGGUACUGAACUGACUGACAGGUGACAUGUGUCAAUCAUCACUCCAGCUCUGAGAAGGUCGUGCGUGGUGACACAACUCCGCAUAUCACAGAAGUGCCAUGACUAAAGCCUGUUAUCUUUGCUUAUUUCAGGUUUCCAAAGCCUUAGAGGUUGUUGAGUGUAGUGACUCUUUAUAUUGAAUGUAAGAUGUGUUCUACACUGUGACGGACAAGAGAGACAACUCUUUAUUCCAUACAAGUGCAUCAUACAUUCCCAACGCACCCAUGUCCCAAUGCUUACACGGCAAAUGUACAGUAUAUAACAUUGUGUGAAACCAUCAGAAGGAUAAUGCAAAUAUAUAUAUAUAACAUUUUGUGAAACCAUCAGAAGGAUAAUGCAACAUGAAGAAAUGAACAAACCAAGUGGAUGUGAAUGAAGCGGCCCAAAUAUGUAUGGGGUAAAUAAAAUACAAUUUAUACGUAUGGGGUAAAUAAAAUACACUUUAUAUGUUAAUCCUAUUUAAAUGAGUGUAUGUGAUCUAUAAUCUGUUUGGUACGUUCUUUACCAUGUUACUAUGAUUUAUAGUCUUUCCUGGUGUAAUUAAAAUAAUUGUUGCUCCUCACAGCCGGGAGGAAAAAGUG